GACAAACAAGUCUAUAUUGCGCGCAAUCCCCGAAACUUUACUUUUAUACUCACAUAUAAUCGUCUGUCAUGGCAGAAGAUGGACCACUGCUCAACUACUUUCCCGACCCGCCGCCCUUCUUCAAGCACUUCACGACCAAGAACAUCGAGCGCCUUAAAGAGAUCGAGAAGGAAGCCGACAAUGGCACUGAAGCCUCCAACGGCAUCGCAAAUCCCUCCUCAAAACUAUCUACCGAGCAAAUCCUGGCACUACCAACCGAACUCCGCUACCUCAUCCCGCCCCCACCACCUCACGACAAUGAAUCCUUCCACGUCUUCGGCGAGCCCGCCAAAAGCUCUGGCACCAAUAACUUCACACAGAUGAUGGCCUUCAUCUCCAAAACCCUCGGCGAGCAAUUCGUCCUCAGCGACUGGACAUACACACAACUCUACCCCUCGACCGGCUCUCCCUCCGCCGACCCACCCUCUACCUCGCACUCCACCGACGCAAACAUCGACCGCCAGCAGUACCUCAACCGCUUCAACCGCUCCAUAAUCAUCGAAUACAUAUCACUUUUGGGAAUUGUGGCAAAGAAUCCUACAAGUGAGCAUAAGGAUAGGAAGUUGAAGCAUAUACUUACGCUGGUGUGUAAUAUGCAUGCGCUCAUUAAUGAGUACAGACCGCAUCAGGCGAGGGAGACGCUGAUUACGAUUAUGGAGGAGCAGGUUAAGAGGAAGAAGGCGGAGGCUGAGGGUGUUAAGGUUAUGCAGGAGAAGAUUAGGGGCGUGCUGGAGGGAUUUGGGAAGGCUGUGGAGGCAGAGGGGGAGAAUGAGGGUGGUGAGGAGGUCAAAGAGGUGGCGCACAAGGAUAACAAGGAGGAAAGAAGAAGGGAGGCGCAGAGGGGGAUGUGGGAUGCUAUGGACGAGUUGCUUGCGCAGUGAGGGUCUUUUCGCCUUUCACAUGCUAAAGCUAUCAUUACUGCAAUAACAGCGCCAUCAUGAGUCUGGUUGUUGCAGCGCUGCGAUGUUCAGGUUUAGCACUUUCCUCGAACCGGUAAGGAUCAGCUCGGUCGAUCCAGACAUUGGCAUGGGCGGACCUAGGAGCUGGUUCUCAACAUCUCAGAGUUGCUGGCUUGUCAACGCCUGUUCAUUGGCAUGCGAAGUCAGCAAUGAUAACAGCGUCAAAGAACUGGACAGUAGAAAGCCCUGGUGUUGACGGUCAGCAUCUCGUUCAGCCUGGGCGAUGGCA